AUGAGCUUGUCUACCUCGUGCCAACACCCUCGAUGGGAAGCAGGGGUUGGGAAGCGCCCCCGGUGCGCGCACCCUUCCCUCGUGCAAUACUCGCGCGCCCCUUUCUUUGCUCACACGUUCCAAGGACGCGUCAUAACGACACACCUAACAGUGCGCGCUUUGCCUCGGGCCCCUUUGGCAGCUAACGGAAACCUCUCUGAGCCACUGACUCCAUUUGAAGGAUCCGACCUUGCAGAACUGCUCCUCAUGGGCAGUUACGUGAGCCGGCCUCGCCCUCGGCUGCCCUCCUCUUCUCUGCUGGGUGGGGACCAGCCGGAGACCACUGAGAGCCUCGGGCCCGGGCCCGCUCACCCCGCCCGCGGUGUUCCCUGGGGUGGCCGGGUUCACUCGGCGGCCUCGACCCUGGACGUAGCUCGCAGACUGUCCUAUGAGGAUCUUGUGGCUUCACCACGUCGUCGUCUGCGGCGACACCGUCGGCGGUUUGCCAUAAUCCAUCGGCGGCAGUACCCAAUCCAGCAGGCCCGGUGUUUAUUUCUGGGGGUCUUUUCCUCUGUGCCCCAGACCGGCCAUCCGAAGCCAGUGCUGUCUGCUUGCGGCUCCAAGAUGUUCUGCACCUCAGUGAUCCCGAAGAUGGCAUCGGCUAAGGGCAAACUGACGCUCUGUUUGGCUCUGAAGCAGACAGUCAUCCGUAUGUGGUCUUCACUGUCUGGUUACCUCACAAAUCUGUGUGUAAGGGAGACCUUGGUGAGGGCCCUUGAAGAGAAUGGUCAAGUGAGAGCCAAGGCAGAGAAGGACCUGACCUCCUUGGUCGAGAGCAGGGAAGGGCCGGCAAAGUCAGAGGAAGGGAACCCAGGCCGGGAGAGGCAGGAUGAUCUGAGAAAGGGUGCCGAGGGCAGCCGGAGCGUGCAGUCAGCGUUUAGGCGGCUGAUGGUCAACGGAGUCCUCUCUUCCUUUGUGCCCAGGCCUGGGCCUCUGAAGAGAGACUUCUGUUCCACGAGCUUAGAAGAGAGCCUGAUUAAGAAAUCCCACACCUGCUUUUUGAGCUCCUGCAGCAAACGCAAUGCCAUCACGAGUUCUUACAGCUCGACUCGAGGUUUCCCAUCACCACAGAGAUCCACGAGCUUAGAAGAGAGCCUGAUUAAGAAAUCCCACACCUGCUUUUUGAGCUCCUGCAGCAAACGCAAUGCCAUCACCAGUUCUUACAGCUCGACUCGAGGUUUCCUCUCACCGCAGAGAUGCUGUCCAGGCGCUACCGGGAUCUGGGGCCCAGCCUCAUCCCAGCCCCGGCUGCCCACGAAGAAAGCCAGCGAGGAGAGCUAUCAUUCUAGCUCUUCAGCCUCAGCAGAACCACAAAGGAAGAUCAGGAAUGAAAAGGCUGCAGAUGCACCUUCUGGGCAGAAGCAAAGUUUGAGGAAUCGCUCACCUGCGUCUGAUGGUUCCGGGCCCCGGAAGCGCAAGAUCCCUCUAUUGCUGUCGAUGAGGCGAAAUGACCCACUUAUCCUGCCUCCACCGCCCCAGCUAAGUUAUCAAGUCACCGCUGAAGACCUUGACUUAGAGAAGAGAGCUGCGAUCCAGUGGAUCAACAAGGUCUUGGAAGGAAGCUACAGGCAAACCUGCCCAAAUUUUGUCCUGGAGAAAGACAUUCUCUAUUAUCCUGGAAACCAAACAAAUCUGCUCUCUGCCCCAGAGGAAGACAUUCUAUCUGCCAAGGCUUCUUGUUAAAUCUCAAAAGGACUGUCCAAAUCAAAAGACAAGAUCCCCCAAGAGACCUGUCUCCCACUCCUGGAACAUUCUUCCACCUGACUGCAGUUUUGGAUUCUAUAACAAAAAUACGAAUGUAACUCUGGACUCAUUUUUCUCAGUUCAGUUUCUUGAGGGAAACAAAGGCUGAGUUUGAGUUCUCUACACCAGUCCUGA